AGACCCACCAAAAUUUAACAUACUCAUCAAAUUGACAGCUAGAACGUUCCAACCUGAAUGAAAACUGAGACGCGCUUUGUCUCUGAAUGGAAUUCCGUAUCAAUUGCAGCGGUGGAAAAUUCUAAUCGUCAUUUGAUUCACUCAACUUCAUUGCUUGCAAUCAAUAAUGGGUAACGGGUUCUAGUCUAGGGAGCGAAUCCGCGACGGUUGAUGCGACUAUGGCCCUGCUUCUGGUGUCAGCCUUCAUUACUGGGGCGCUAACUAUUGUUAUUAUGGAGGCGGUGGGACUUUGGAUUUUGAUUCGCCAUCUAACCCGAAAAGUGGAGAGAGAAGAAAUCAAAUCCAAGGCCGCGACGUCAUUCUCUUCUCCUGGCGAGCCCAACUCCUCUUUAUACGAAAAGCAGGGGGCUCUAUGGGUUCUAGAACCAGAUAAAGUUCCAAAAUCUGGGCUUGAGGACAAAGUGCCAACCGAGCAGAGGAGGAGAAAAGAAAUAUUGGAGGUUACGCCUGUCCGAAAAUAUGCAAGAAUCAGGGAUCAUUAUCUUAUCCUGUUAGAAUCAGAUGGCUCUUGUGUACAAAUCUUACUCAAUGGCUGCACAAUUGUCACUGUUUCUGGCACAAGCUUGGCGUCCAAGAAAUGGGCCAAAAGGUACCCAAUCAAAGUGGAGAGCAGGGAUUCAGCCAUAUAUAAGGGAUGCAAAACCAUUUACAUAUAUCUCGAGACAUCUUGGGAGAAGGAAUCCUGGUGCAAAGCACUUCGUCUUGCUUCCUGUGAUGAUGAAAAAAUUGCGUGGGUUUCCAAGUUGAGUAUGGAGUUCCACUAUUACCUGGCAUCACUGAAUGCAGGAUAUCCUUCAUUUAUGAAGCCCUCUGCAGGUCCCAAUGCUGAAUUAGUAGAUAAGUCAGUUAAGAUCGACAAUUCUUCGUCGAAGGUUCGUCAAUUCCUAAAGAAGCUUACGAAAAAGGCUUCUAAAAGUGCGCAAGACUAUAAAGCUAAUGGGGCUUCUGUUUCACGCCAUGAAGAAAGAAAAAUGAGUAUAAAAUCUCGUUCAUUCCAAGACUUAACCCUGGACAAUAGCUUAAUGAAGAUGGACACAACAGGAAAACCUCCUAAAAUUUCUUAUGAUGACAGUAGCUUUGGGUCAUCAAUUUCAACCUCUUCUGAGCCAGGAGCUAGAAGUGAUUUAUCUAGAAUAUCUGAUGCAGACUCUAGCUGCAAGUAUUUUGAUGAAGGAACAUUGUGCUUGAAUGUCUUAAUUUCACGGCUUUUCUUUGAUGCCAAGAAUAAUCUUCAGAUUAGGAGUUCCAUACAAAACCGGGUUCAGAGAGCAUUAUCAAAUAUGCGAAUCCCAAGUUACAUUGGUGAAGUCACUUGUACCUCUGUGGAUCCUGGUACUUUGCCGCCUCACAUCCUCGCAAUGAGGGUCCUUCCCUCAGAUAUGAAUGAGAUGUGGGCCCUGGAAAUUGAUGUUGAAUAUCUAGGUGGUGCGGUUCUGGACAUUGAGACAAGGCUUGAAAUUCGAGAAUUAGAAUCUGAAGAAGAAACACGCUUCGGCACUAACACUGCUGGUGAGGUAACCUCUGAUCUGCUGGAUGGUUUUGAGUAUCUUGGGAAACAAUUGAAGCUUCCAGAAGGCACUAUUCAUGAAAUGAAACAAAAAGAUGAAGGAUAUCAUGACAAAGAUGAGACUGAAAACUCCCGAAGCACUGCACAUGCAUCCUCUCAAGGGUCUAGAUGGAAAUCUAUAUUACAUUCUAUCACCAAACAGGUGUCACAGGUUCCUCUCUCAUUGGGUAUAAAAGUCUCUUCCCUUUGUGGAACAAUAAGGUUGUGCAUGAAGCCUCCACCUUCAGAUCAAAUAUGGUUUGGAUUUACUUCUAUGCCUGAUAUUCAAUUUAACUUGGAAUCUUUCGUUGGGGACCACAAAGUUACAAAUGGUCAUCUUGCUUUGUUCCUGAUCAGUCGAUUCAAGGCGGCAAUCCGUGAAACUUUGGUGCUCCCAAAUAGUGAGAGUGUUGGAAUUUCUUGGAUGUUAGCAGAGAAAGAUGACUGGGUCCCUAGGAAUAUUGCUCCUUUUAUGUGGUAUAAACAUAAUCAAGACUCUGCUAGUAGUACCAUAAAACAAGAAGGAUCGUGCUUCCAACCAGGGGAUGUAACACAUGUGGUUGAACCGCGUCAUGGUAAUCCACCAAGGUUGGAGGUCGACCAUGAGAAAUUAAAAAAAGUUGGUAGUGUCCCACAAGUAACAUGUGAGUCCUUGGAUCGCUGUGCAUCUUCACCAAGUUCCAUGGGUGAGUCAACAUUGAAUGACAGUUCUUCCCAAGAACUUAGAGCCCCUUCAAUAAAAAAGGACAAAAUGCAAGAUUUUGGCUCAAGGAGCAUAGAGGAGAAAGCAGAUACCCGCCUGCAGUCUCCAUCACGGCUUUUUGGAGAUGGACAAAUUCAGAAUGUAGAAGAUGAUGAUAUAAGAACAAAGAGAAUAGGUACGAGAGAACGAAUGCGUGGAUUGGGAAAGAAAAUGGGAGAAAAGCUUGAGGUGAAGAGGCGCCACUUUGAAGAGAAGGGAAGAAGUUUUGUCGAGAGGAUCAGGGGCCCCUGAGCAUGUAUUUUAAGACUGAACUUAUUUGCAGUAAAUACCAUCAUUGCCAUCCUUAUAGUGGCCUUAAUUCCCCUGUAAAGUGUCUACAAAACUCAGCAUUAUUUGUUUUGAGGAAUCUAUUCUUGCAUGUUAGGAUAGGGAAUUCGUUUUGGGUCGAGGGGAGAUCCAGUUGUACAAAUUAAAUCAACGUAAAUAGUGAACAUCAGAAAAGAAAUAACACUAAAAAAUUUGGUA